AUGAUUGGGAUUGGAAAUGGGGAUAGUACUUCCCUUUGGUACCAUCAUUGGAUUGGUAAUCAGCCUUUGUAUAAUACUGAAGGGGUUAGAAUUUCUGACUCUAAAGCUCAUUGGUUUGUGAGCCAUAUUAUCCGAAAUGGGUCUUGGUAUUUAAAUGACAUUCAACAUCUCAUUCCUCCACAUAUCAAAUCCUUAAUCCUUUCCUACCCCCUUUCUAGUAAUAGCAAAGAACAAGAUUUUAUAAGAUGGAUUUAUUCUAAGAAUGGUUGUUUCAACAUUAAGUCAGCUUACCAUUUACAAUUUAAUAAUGAACAUGCUACAACCUCCAAUAACAUAGCUUGGCAAAAGAUUUGGAGGAUUAUGAGCCCCUAUAAAUAUAAGAUGUUACUUUGGAAUUCUGCACACCAAAUUCUGCCAGUAGCAGUGAAUUUAAAUCGUUUUCUUCCGCAAAUUUCUCCUACUUGUUCCAGGUGCCAUUUGCAUGCAGAAGAUCAUAUCCACCUAUUUAGGGAUUGCCCUAAAUCCAGUAUUUUAUGGUCCUAUAUUUUCCAACGUCUUUGGUCUGCUUCCAAAUUUAACUUCAAUUCUUUCUACAAUUCUGAUUGGACGGAAUCGAUUAUCUUCAAUUUAAACAACUCUAUGAAAUGGAAAAAUAUUUUUAUAACUGCAGUUUGGCAGAUUUGGCUCUCUAGGAAUAGAGCGGUUUUUUAUCUUAAGAUGAAAUCUGCUCUCUCUCUUUAUAAUGCCUUUUAUGUGGAUUGGAGUUUUGCUAACAUUUGUUCACAGGGAAAGGAAUUAGGUGCCAAUCAAGUUCCUGGUUUGACUAAGAAGACAUGGUUCCCCCCAAAGGAAGGAGUAAUGAAAUUGAAUGUGGAUGGAGCAUGGAAAUCAGAUGCAGUUUCUGGUGGUGGAGGAGUUUUUCAGAAGAUCCACUGGUUCCUGGUUUGUGGGAUUCUCCAGUAA